AUGCCCAACAUCCUGGAUGACAUCAUAGCAUCCGUGGUUGAGAACAAAAUCCCUGCCAGCCGAGGAGCCAAGCUGAGUCUGAAGCUGGAGGCGACCAGCACAACUACAGAGGAGAGGGAGAUGAAGACCGAGAGGAAGAAGCAGCCUGGGACUGGGACAGGUCCUAACCUUAACACUGGGACUGGGACAGGUCCUAACCCUAACACCGGGACUGGGACAGGUCCUAACCUGAACACUGGGACUGGGACAGGUCCUAACCCGAACACUGGGACUGGGACAGGUCCUAACACUGGGACUGGGACAGGUCCUAACCCGAACACUGGGACUGGGACAGGUCCUAACACUGGGACUGGGACAGGUCCUAACCCGAACACUGGGACUGGGACAGGUCCUAACCCGAACACUGGGACUGGGACAGGUCCUAACCCGAACACUGGGACUGGGACAGGUCCUAACCCGAACACUGGGACUGGGACAGGUCCUAACCCGAACACUGGGACUGGGACAGGUCCUAACCCGAACACUGGGACAGAGGAGCCUCCUGUAGCCAAGCUAGAGAAGACCCUGCAGCUCCACGCUGACAUCCCCCACUGCUGGUUGUAUGAACGCAGACUGCUCUGGCUCAAAGACCACCGACACCCUGGCAACAGGAAGCUGUUCAGAGAGUGUUGGAGACAGGGACAGGUCAGUUAGUCUCUAGUUCCUCCGUCACUAGUUUCAUCUCCAGUGCUGUUAGUGGUAAGAUAAUUUAUUAACUAACUAUUUCAGUGUCUUUCUGGGCAUCCCCUGAAACCCACUGCCCUCUAACGGCAACCCAAACCUUACUAUUCCUGUUUUGGGGUGGGUCGUUCCUUCUACCGCUAGGGCCACGUUCCUCUGUGUUCAUGGCCUGUAUACAUCUAAGGUCGCUGGGGCCCCUUCAUUCCCUGCCAAUAGAUUAGGUAAGGCUAUCAGUGGGUACUGGCCCCCUCCUACUCUCAUCUCCUGACUCAUACUGACUCCCUCCUGAGCUCAGCUCCUAACUGGACCAUUUGUUGUGGGGUUCCAGUCUCCUCAGGGGCCUGGGUCUUCCCCCCUUCGGUCCCUUGACCCCCCUAUUGAACCCUAGUACUCUAGUUACUUUCUUAGCCUUCUCUUUCCGUCUCUCUCUCUCUCUUUCUAAUUUCUGCAAUGACCAAUUGGGUUGCUGCUGUUGUUCCAAAAAUGUUGUUAGAACCUCAACUGUACUAUCUUCCUUUGCCUUAUCCUCAACCCCCCUCUGUGCUCCCUCAGCUUCCCCUUGGUUCUGGUAAGGGGGUGGAAACUCCAAAACGGCAGCCUGCUGUGGCACCCUUCCCCUCACCACCCCUACCUAAUUGUCUGGAUUAUCCCUCCAGGCCUAAUCUGCCAAGGAGGGGUAUAAUCUGGAUCCAACCCGUUCUACAGGGGGAGCUGUGGGUUCUAUCUUAGACCUUCCUUUCUGACUUCCUUUUUCCUUCUCUGACCCUCCUCUCUCUUUCGAGACUCAGAGGGCCACACCUUGGCUGUAUCUAGCCCUCUCUUUUCUGUUUCUUUAGAUCAUUACCACAAUUUACAUGCAUUUUUUAAAUCAUGGAUUCCAGUUUAAUUACAUCAAGUCGCCCAGUAAAGCCAUAUUUCUUUCUCCAAUUAGGUCCAUAAUACACAUUUCGUUUGUCUCGCAUUUCCAUGUAUUUCUCGUCCCCAGUAAAUUCUGGGACCUCUUGUGAGGAUUUGCCCCCCAUGGUUGGUACUGUUAAAAAUCCCUUAGCCACCUCUUCUAUAUAACAAGUACAACACCUGGAAUCACCCCUCCCUGUAUAGGUAGUCUUGACUAGUCCCCCAGAAUUAUCUCAUAACGUUACAGAGGAAUUUAUCCCCUCAAAUGUAAUCUUGACAAUUCCUGACAGUCUCAUACAACAGAAAUGGGUUCUCCCUCUCCUAGUGAUCUAAACCGUCCAAAUGUACUCAGUUAUAUUAACCUUGUCUUCACACAUUACUUUCACUGUAUUUCUUUAUCACAGGUUAUUUUGUUGACUGUUCUAUAAUCUACUACAGGUUCUCUGAAUACAGGGUCGUUUCUUUUGGUAAUGGCCUAUUACCGUGAAUCGUUACGGACCCACCAACAUUUCACUUUAAAUUGGCUACGCAUUGAUCAAUUUGCUACUUUAAAUUAUGACGUUUAACCUUCAGUCAAUAUUUUAGCAAGUUCUCAAAUCAAUUUUACCAAGUAAUGAAUAAAGACUACCGACCUUUUCCUUGCAGCCGAGAUUCAAUGUAGGUUUGGAUUCCGUCACCGUCUCUGUCAUUAAUCAGGUGUCCUCUGGCCUGUUUUAACCCUUAAUGUCAAAGGGCAGGACUUUCUAUUUACGAAUGUAUCAUUCGCCCGUCGACGGUUUUCAGAGUUACCUGGAAUGACAGAGGCAGGUAUUGGAAUCCUGCUCGAAGGACCAAGCUGUUAAGAGAAUGUAUUAACUAACUAUUUCAGUGUCUCUGUGCGUCUCCCAAAAGGUUGUAAGGCUUUUGGAUCAGAAACGGACAGAGUCCCAGUCUGCAAUAGUCAGAGAUCUUUAUUCAUUGAGAAUUCUGCCACAAAAUGGUCGUACAUAUUUUUAUACGCACACGUCAUACGAAAAUCCCACCCCUCUGUAGGCGGGCUGUAGUUUUCCAUUUUAAAACUGCUCUCCUGACCAUCAGUUCACACACACACACACACAUACACAUACAUGUUCUUAUCAUAGUCUCUCUACUCCCUUCAUUCCUCAGUUAUCGCCGUUCUCACAAUAUUCUGCUCCAUGUUUAACAGUUCUCCUUCUUCUUUGCCGUCCGGUCUAACUCCUCCUCACGUUGCUAAAUAGUAACACAAUGUCAUAAUCUUUACUGGUCCUACACUCACACAUUACCAGGUAGUAGAUUCUAACACAUCUCACAUAGUUUCGGAGUGUAAUAAUUAGUCACUACUAAGAAAGUACUAAUUACAUUUACAUUUUAGUCAUUUAGCAGACGCUCUUAUCCAGAGCGACUUACAGUUAGUGAGUGCAUACAUUUUUAUUUUUUUUCAUACUGUAAUACAAAAUGGUUAUUGCAUAUAUGACUCUACAUACACACACACACACCAUAGAUAGAGCACAUAGGUAUGACUACACACAGGCACACAAACCACAGGUGACUGGUUGUACUUUAAUUGGGGAAGACCAGCUCAUAGUAAUGGCUGGAACCGAGUGUAAUCUAAUCAAAGAAAACAAGAACAUUUCACAACUAUAUUUAAGGGUGGAACAUUUAGUCAUUACUUUUAACCUGUAUAUAUUUUAAUUUCUAUAUCAGUUAGUUGGUGGAGAAGUGGAGAUACACUGCAUGUUGAAUAUUUGUCCUACUGCACCACUGUGUGCAGUACUCAUUGUUGCUAUGUCUCUGACUGGGCUGUAUAUAGAGCAGCUGUGGAGACUGGGCUGUAUAGAGAGGAGACUGGGCUGUAUAGAGAGGAGACUGGGCUGUAUAUAGAGCAGCUGUGGAGACUGGGCUGUAUAGAGAGGAGACUGGGCUGUAUAGAGAGGAGACUGGGCUAUAUAGAGAGGAGACUGGGCUGUAUAGAGAGGAGACUGGGCUGUAUAGAGAGGAGACUGGGCUGUAUAGAGAGGAGACUGGGCUGUAUAGAGAGGAGACUGGGCUGUAUAGAGAGGAGACUGGGCUGUAUAGAGAGGAGACUGGGCUGUAUAGAGAGGAGACUGGGCUGUAUAGAGAGGAGACUGGGCUGUAUAGAGAGGAGACUGGGCUGUAUAGAGAGGAGACUGGGCUGUAUAGAGAGGAGACUGGGCUGUAUAGAGAGGAGACUGGGCUGUAUAGAGAGGAGACUGGGCUGUAUAGAGAGGAGACUGGGCUGUAUAGAGAGGAGACUGGGCUGUAUAGAAGGAGACUGGGCUGUAUAGAGAGGAGACUGGGCUGUAUAGAGAGGAGACUGGGCUGUAUAUAGAGCAGCUGUGGAGACUGGGCUGUAUAGAGAGGAGACUGGGCAGUAUAGAGAGGAUACUGGGCUGUAUAUAGAGCAGCUGUGGAGACUGGGCUGUAUAGAGAGGAGACUGGGCUGUAUAGAGAGGAGACUGGGCUGUAUAGAGAGCAGCUGUGGAGACUGGGCUGUAUAGAGAGGAGACUGGGCUGUAUAGAGAGGAGACUGGGCUGUAUAGAGAGGAGACUGGGCUGUAUAGAGAGCAGCUGUGGAGACUGGGCUGUAUAGAGAGGAGACUGGGCUGUAUAGAAAGGAGACUGGGCUGUAUAGAGAGGAGACUGGGCUGUAUAGAAAGGAGACUGGGCUGUAUAGAGAGGAGACUGGGCUGUAUAGAGAGGAGACUGGGCUGUAUAGAGAGGAGACUGGGCUGUAUAGAGAGGAGACUGGGCUGUAUAGAGAGGAGACUGGGCUGUAUAGAGAGCAGCUGUGGAGACUGGGCUGUAUAGAGAGGAGACUGGGCUGUAUAGAGAGGAGACUGGGCUGUAUAGAGAGGAGACUGGGCUGUAUAGAGAGGAGACUGGGCUGUAUAGAGAGGAGACUGGGCUGUAUAGAGAGGAGACUGGGCUGUAUAGAGAGGGGACUGGGCUGUAUAGAGAGGAGACUGGGCUGUAUAGAGAGGAGACUGGGCUGUAUAGAGAGGAGACUGGGCUGUAUAGAGAGGAGACUGGGCUGUAUAGAGAGGAGACUGGGCUGUAUAGAGAGGAGACUGGGCUGUAUAGAGAGGAGACUGGGCCGUAUAGAGAGGAGACUGGGAUGUAUAGAGAGGAGACUGGGCUGUAUAGAGAGGAGACUGGGCUGUAUAGAGAGGAGACUGGGCUGUAUAGAGAGGAGACUGGGCUGUAUAGAGAGCAGCUGUGGAGACUCGGCUCUCUUUAGUCUCUCAGCCUUUGUUCCGUCUCGGCCAGCUGACACGGGGCUAUUCUCUCCUACUCUCUCAGCCUUUGUUCCGUCUCGGCCAGCUGACACGGGGCUAUUCUCUCCUCUACUCUCUCAGCCUUUGUUCCGUCUCGGCCAGCUGACACGGGGCUAUUCUCUCCUAUUCUCUCAGCCUUUGUUCCGUCUCGGCCAGCUGACACGGGGCUAUUCUCUCCUACUCUCUCAGCCUUUGUUCCGUCUCGGCCAGCUGACACGGGGCUAUUCUCUCCUACUCUCUCAGCCUUUGUUCCGUCUCGGCCAGCUGACACGGGGCUAUUCUCUCCUACUCUCUCAGCCUUUGUUCCGUCUCGGCCAGCUGACACGGGGCUAUUCUCUCCUACUCUCUCAGCCUUUGUUCCGUCUCGGUCAGCUGACACGGGGCUAUUCUCUCCUCUACUCUCUCAGCCUUUGUUCCGUCUCGGCCAGCUGACACGGGGCUAUUCUCUCCUACUCUCUCAGCCUUUGUUCCGUCUCGGUCAGCUGACACGGGGCUAUUCUCUCCUACUCUCUCAGCCUUUGUUCCGUCUCGGCCAGCUGACACGGGGCUUUUCUCUCCUCUACUCUCUCAGCCUUUGUUCCGUCUCGGUCAGCUGACACAGGGCUAUUCUCUCCUACUCUCUCAGCCUUUGUUCCGUCUCGGUCAGCUGACACGGGGCUAUUCUCUCCUACUCUCUCAGCCUUUGUUCCGUCUCGGCCAGCUGACACGGGGCUUUUCUCUCCUCUACUCUCUCAGCCUUUGUUCCGUCUCGGUCAGCUGACACAGGGCUAUUCUCUCCUACUCUCUCAGCCUUUGUUCCGUCUCGGCCAGCUGACACGGGGCUAUUCUCUCCUACUCUCUCAGCCUUUGUUCCGUCUCGGUCAGCUGACACAGGGCUAUUCUCUCCUACUCUCUCAGCCUUUGUUCCGUCUCGGCCAGCUGACACGGGGCUAUUCUCUCCGCUACUCUCUCAGCCUUUGUUCCGUCUCGGCCAGCUGACACGGGGCUAUUCUCUCCUACUCUCUCAGCCUUUGUUCCGUCUCGGUCAGCUGACACGGGGCUAUUCUCUCCGCUACUCUCUCAGCCUUUGUUCCGUCUCGGCCAGCUGACACGGGGCUAUUCUCUCCUACUCUCUCAGCCUUUGUUCCGUCUCGGCCAGCUGACACGGGGCUAUUCUCUCCUACUCUCUCAGCCUUUGUUCCGUCUCGGCCAGCUGACACGGGGCUAUUCUCUCCUACUCUCUCAGCCUUUGUUCCGUCUCGGUCAGCUGACACGGGGCUAUUCUCUCCUCUACUGCUCCUCCUGCUAUCUUCUGCUGCUCUGUGCUCUACUGUCAGCACCCUUCCUUCAUAUUGAUCUGUUGGUAACGUUAUUCUCUGUGUUGUCACCAGCCUGUGUUGCUGUCUGUUAGUAACGUUAUUCUCUGUGUUGUCACCAGCCUGUGUUGCUGUCUGUUAGUAAUAUUAUUCUCUGUGUUGUCACCAGCCUGUGUUGCUGUCUGUUAGUAACGUUAUUCUCUGUGUUGUCACCAGCCUGUGUUGCUGUCUGUUAGUAACGUUAUUCUCUGUGUUGUCACCAGCCUGUGUUGCUGUCUGUUAGUAAUGUUAUUCUCUGUGUUGUCACCAGCCUGUGUUGCUGUCUGUUAGUAAUAUUAUUCUCUUUGUUGUCACCAGCCUGUGUUGCUGUCUGUUAGUAAUGUUAUUCUCUGUGUUGUCACCAGCCUGUGUUGCUGUCUGUUAGUAACGUUAUUCUCUGUGUUGUCACCAGCCUGUGUUGCUGUCUGUUAGUAACGUUAUUCUCUGUGUUGUCACCAGCCUGUGUUGCUGUCUGUUAGUAAUAUUAUUCUGUGUGUUGUCACCAGCCUGUGUUGCUGUCUGUUAGUAACGUUAUUCUCUGUGUUGUCACCAGCCUGUGUUGCUGUCUGUUAGUAACGUUAUUCUCUGUGUUGUCACCAGCCUGUGUUGCUGUCUGUUAGUAACGUUAUUCUCUGUGUUGUCACCAGCCUGUGUUGCUGUCUGUUAGUAAUAUUAUUCUCUUUGUUGUCACCAGCCUGUGUUGCUGUCUGUUAGUAAUAUUAUUCUCUGUGUUGUCACCAGCCUGUGUUGCUGUCUGUUAGUAACGUUAUUCUCUGUGUUGUCACCAGCCUGUGUUGCUGUCUGUUAGUAAUAUUAUUCUCUGUGUUGUCACCAGCCUGUGUUGCUGUCUGUUAGUAAUGUUAUUCUCUGUGUAUUCUCAUCAAUGUGAUGGCUCAGUGCAGUCAUGUAUGACAGCAUGUCCAUAGACGUCCGUGGUGUCUGAGAGCUCGUGCUUUGUACUUCUCCAUCCAGGCCGUCAGUUUUUCGACAUGGCAUGUUGUAGUCUGGUUGUAGACAUGCCAUCAGGGCAGUGAAGCCGACGUCCUCUACCGUUGAUAAUGGCUGCAUAUCCACUCCAAUCCUCCUCUACCGUUGAUAAUGGCUGCAUAUCCACUCCAAUCCUCCUCUACCGUUGAUAAUGGCUGCAUAUCCACUCCAAUCCUCCUCUACCGUUGAUAAUGGCUGCAUAUCAACUCCAAUCCUCCUCUACCGUUGAUAAUGGCUGCAUAUCCACUCCAAUCCUCCUCUACCGUUGAUAAUGGCUGCAUAUCAACUCCAAUCCUCCUCUACCGUUGAUAAUGGCUGCAUAUCCACUCCAAUCCUCCUCUACCGUUGAUAAUGGCUUCAUAUCAACUCCAAUCCUCCUCUACCGUUGAUAAUGGCUGCAUAUCAACUCCAAUCCUCCUCUACCGUUGAUAAUGGCUGCAUAUCAACUCCAAUCCUCCUCUACCGUUGAUAAUGGCUGCAUAUCAACUCCAAUCCUUUCUGUAAUCAGCGCUGUGAUUUUCUUACUUCCUCCCUCAUUGUAUUGCUGCCAACAACAGGUUGGGUGUCAUGGUGACUCCCUUUCAGAUGGUUACGCAUUUCACCUGUACUGCCAUUGCAGCUCAAUUCCACCUUGCAAAGUUUGCAUUUAUUUCACCACCUUCUCAUCUAACUUCUCAAAGUAUUGCCAUACAGGCCUAGGCUGCUGUUUCUUCCCAAUGUCACUCUCUGCCAUGUUUCCAACCGUUAACGACCAUGACGUACGGAGCGCUUUAUAUCCGUGGGAAAUCAUUUGAAAAGAUGCAUAUCUCGUCCUACUAACGUGUCCCUUUAUGAUGAUGAUGAUCAGGACGUUUUGUGAUAACUACACUGUCAUUUUUUAUUUUGUAAAAAAUAAAAUCCUGAUGUCGUUAGAACGUUGAAAUGUUAACCCAACUACUGUACUGGGUUGUAUUCUCCAGCCUGUCCUGGUGUCCGGGCUCCAUAAGCCUCUGAAUGCAGCUCUGUGGAAGGCUGAGAGCUUCAACCAGGAGUUUGCUGACCACCAGGGAGACCUGCUCAACUGUAAAGAUGGAGUUAUCUCUAACUCUGGAAUCAAGGAGUUCUGGGACGGCUUCGAGGACCUCACCAGUGAGUAG